UUUUAUACUUUGCCUUAAUACUGAACUGUUUUACUAACUUGGUUUAGAUAAACUUACAAAUUAGUGAAUUCCUUUUGUAGUUAGUGGUUUGUCACAUGUCUGUUUUAUUUUUUGUUUUUGCAUUGCUGUGGGGUUUAUGUAAGUAACGCCUAGGUAAGUGCCACUUCCAAGUGGAAAUAUAAUGUACAUUACCCUAAAUAAAAUGCUAUACUGUAUGGUUUUCUCUAUAGCUAAUUGCUGACAUUGUUGCUUAGUUCUCUAUCAUGAUCUGCAGCAUGGUGUAUGCAGUCUACUACAGAUUUAUAUGCAGUAUGCUAAGCUAAUUAAGCCUCAGAGCAUAUUUGCAUACAAAACCAAUGUGGAUUCAUACACUCCACAGCAGCACAUGCACUAACUGUCCCUUGGGGGCCGUAUGUGCAUGGCUGGCCAGCCAUGUGGUGUUUUAGAUAAGAGGACACGUGUAGAAUGGAGGGCCGGAUAUCUGCUUAAAUACUUCAGGUUGCUUGUCAGAGAAUCGAUGCCCUGAUCCAUAACUGUGACUUUCAUUGCCCAAUAAUUUCAUUUGUAAAGCUUGUCAGAGUUAUGUGUUGUCUUGAUUCCCAACACAUAGAACGGGAAUACCAUAACUGAGAUGUAAUUAGGAAUCAUUUUUCUCAGAAUAGUAAGGCACAGUGAUACUGCGACCGCUUUUGGGUGGCAGGACACCCAGGUCAGUACUUAUUGCUUCCUAUCGUCAAGCCUAAUUACAGUUAAAUUAUGUAUUGGAUAAUCUAUCAGGCAUAAUGUAAACCGUGAGGGGUUUGUAUUCAGGAAUGAGGAGUCAUGGCCAAUAUUUGUGAUGUUGGACCCUGGGGGGAAGCUGAACAUGUCUGCCCUGCCCCCUACCAAAAACACUCUUUAUUCAUGUCAAAUUCACAUUGAACAAAAAUAAUUACAAAUUCAGCUGCGAACUGGGGAUUAUGCAGAUCAGGUCACAUGAUGCACAAUGUAAUUUUUGAGUGAUAUAGUCAAUUACAUGAAGAUGGUUAGUGCUGUGUUGGACCCUAAUUAGUGCAGUUGACUUUAAUGAAUUUCUAUAGUGUUAUCCUGUUACCAGGAAGAUUUCUAAUAACCAUUGGGCAACCUUAAAAUUGUGUGAUAAUUGACUGUAUGAAUAACCUCAUAUGACAACACAUUUUUAAAAUAUUAUGUGAAAUGCAUUUGUUAAUGAAUAGUGAAGGAUCCAGAUAUUUGAUAUCUCCAUGUGUCCAGUUAUUGUAAUGGGUGUGAAAGUUGUUUGUGCACAGGUGACAGGGUUUGUGAGGUAAGUGUUGGGCUAGACUGCUAUUAAAAUCCGACACUGAACAUUGGGGUUCCCCCACGGUAAAUAUUACCAAGGGUGAGAGUCCCUCACGAUGGUGUUUGUUGAGGGGGGGGGGUCCCAUGACAAUGAAUUUUGCGGCCCGGGAAAAGGGGCACAAUACAUUCUGCCAGCCCACAAAGCCAUUGGUUGACCGAGAAAAUGCUCAGUAUGCCAGAUGGCCAGUGCAGCCCUGGUGUUGAGCCCUCACGUGUUGUGUGAACCAGCUUGGUUUCUGUGGAUACACGCCCGGUGUGACACGAUGACACAAACAACGCACUUGGCUGGGUGUUUCGCUCCCUGACAAACACGGUCCUGGCCCCGCCCAUUACACGUCAACCCCCCCCCACUCCAGUUCUCAGGUGACCCCGGAGGAGCUUGGGCUCAGGUAUGCUGCUCCGGUGGGCGAGCCACGGCUGCCGUGCUUGCGUGAUGUAAUCAGACACCGCGCGCGGUAGGAAUGGGCCUGGUGUGAAGGAGCUUUAGCAAAGACGAGUUGAAAGCUUUCACCGACGGCAAGCAGUAUGAUUCUGGGAGCCCGUCUGCCGGUGUAUCUACUUACUGAAAGGGGCAUCGCGCGUGUGAUCUGUGCUGUGCAGCGGCCGUUUGUCGACACCAGAGCGCUCUUGGCCUCAAGUUCGAGAUAAGGGAGUGUGCUAAAGAGGAAACGGGAGGGUCGCCCUGUGUUUGGGGGAGCUGUGAGAGACAGGGUAGAGAGCUGGUCCUCGUCUUCCUGCCCCGUGAGCGAACCGCAGCACCUACAAAGGGGAAGCGAGACCUGCAGUCCACACGAAAGUCCCCUGAACUUUGGAGGCCUCAGGUUAAGGUGUAGUUACUCUGCUUGCAAUUAAACAUUUUGACCCAAACCGGGACACAAAAUUUACAUCCGUCUGGUGACGAGUCCCUUCAGCUUCUCUGGAAUAUGCGUGGUGGCUCCUAAAGAUAAAGUACAUCUGCUCUCUGGAUUGUUCUGAAGAAUUUGGGACCUCGGGCACGUUUCUGAAAGGCUGCUUUACACAUCCGGGCCCUCCAGUCAUAUCUGGCACAGAUCUGAAGCUCUUUGGGAUGAGACUGUAACACUCCGGAGCCCCAAAAACAUGACGGCGGCCGUUGGGAACAGCGAACUUGCCUUUGAGUUUGUCAGUGGUUGUAUAGACAGUGUGCAGCAGCUGAGUGACCCCUCGGUGUUCCCGGCUGUUAUCGUCGAGGAGGUCCCCAACUCCCAUCUGCUUAGCUACUCGGACUUAACCUGCGAGCAGCCAGCAUCAGGGGGCCUCGAUCCAGCUGUGGGGGCAGAGGACCCCGGGGUUCAUGGAGGGGGUGUGACUUUCACAGUGGGAAACAGUGAUGAGACCAUGGAACCUAUAGAAGGAGCAGAGGCCCUGCUGAGAAUGGACUCCUCCAGGGGACUUUUCGAUGAGGAGCACAUGGCUCACCCAUUCGCACUGUGCAGCAGUGGGGUCGCGGCCGCUGUGAAGUCGCCCCGCGGUGCGGGUGGCAAGGUUGGGCAAAGCGCUGUGGCCAGAGCGGCCACCCAGCAGCCCGGGAGGAAAAAAGGGAGGCGACCCCGACAGCCCCGGCCUGAGUCACCGACACCAGAGCUCCAAAUAAAGAAGCGCAACAAAGAUGGCAGAGGAAAUACUCUCUAUCUCUGGGAGUUUCUGAUGGCCCUGCUGCAGGACCGGUCCACAUGCCCACGGUACAUUAAAUGGACCCACAGGGAGAAGGGCAUCUUCAAGCUUGUGGACUCCAAGGCGGUGUCACGUCUUUGGGGGAGACACAAGAAUAAACCUGACAUGAAUUAUGAAAGUAUGGGCAGAGCUUUAAGAUAUUACUACCAGCGUGGGAUCUUGGCCAAGGUGGAGGGCCAGAGGCUGGUCUAUCAGUUUACAGAGAUGCCGAAGAAUCUGGUGUGGAUUGAUGAUGAGGAGCAGUCUGACGGCAGCCGGCUGGUGGAUGUGAAAACAUUUCCUGAGAGCCCCAUCCAGACACCACCAGUUCCUAAGUCAUCCAGUAAGAGUGACACACAGAAAACCAGAGUCAAGGGACCCAGAGCAAAGCUGAAGUGUGUGCCCGCUAAUGCAAGUGACCGGGUGCUGGACCUCCAGCAAGCAGGAGAUGGACAGGCAGGCCGACCCCUGGGGCUGAUUCAGCAGCACCACCUGCCUAUCGUGUCUGCCGAGAUGAUGAGGACGCUGCAGAACAUCCAGUCAGUGCAGCCAGGACAAAACGGCUCUGUGUUUAGGACUGUGCAGCUGCUGGAGAGCUUGCAGUACGCCCAAGAGAGAGAUGUUGAUUGUGGCAACCUCCAGGGGGAGACAGUGCAACCAGUGAACUUCUUAGCCAGUCAAGCACAAUUACCAAUGGUUUUGUCGACAGAAAACCAGCCAAUCCAGACACUGACACUGCAGACCGUUCCAAGAAUAGUCCUGGCCAAUCAGGAUGAGUCUGGGGGCUUGGCCACAUCUCCUAGCUUUUUUCUACAGACGUAUCCCUCCCUGCAGCCAGUUGCAGUUAUAAUGGAGAACAUCACCUCAGACGACCACUCAAAGAGCCAGGAAAAGAGUGUGCUGUCCACAUCCCUACCGCUGGCAGGAGGGGUUUCUCUGACCGCGUUCAUCGGUGGCCAGCAGCUGGCUUCCCAAACCUCGGGCACCGCCAUAACCUCGGUCAUCUCUGCCCUAGAAGACAGACCAACUGAAAAACUGGAGAUGGAGGACACAGAGUCAGAAAGGCAGAUGGGAAUGAAGUCAGAGACCCCUGGGGUAGUCGUCCUCAGUGAUGCCUGGGUUGGUUUGGAGGGCAGCAAACAGGACCCAGCAUGAUGAACAGAUUUCCUUGAGCAAUGGCUGCCAUUGAGUAAAUUGCCCACAUUAUGUUCACUGCAAUUAACUGGCACCUCACCCAGGGUGCCCCCCAACCUGGCACCCGCAUUCCUCUGCAACUCUGACCAGGACAGCAAUCCAAGUGGUAGACUGGCAUGGUCAGCUGAACCGUGCACCGAGACUGUGAAUUUGACAGAGGAUUUGCAGGAACAUGGUGGUUUCAGUAUGAUACGAGCCCCUUAUCUGCCUAGCAGGGCAGAGUGUUCUUCUGUUUCCUGGACAUCAGAAAGCUCCCAAAAUAACUGUAGAAAUGUAACUCGCUACCUGAGCUGCUGGUGGACCUUUGUAUGUUUGGAUUUCCUUCCCAUAGCCCAACAACAGCAGUUGCCUGUAAUGCCCAAUUUACUCUUUGCUUGACUAUAUUCUGAAAAUGGAUGGAACAUUCUGGCAUUUGGUCGGGAGAAAGACUGUCUGCUUUUAAUGGUACCACUUACCCUGACUGUGUUUUGGACUAUGAGGGAGCCUAAUUUGCUUACACCAAUGCACAUGUCAAUCUGAAUCUUAUGUAUUUUUAUUUUUAAAAUAUGCAUUAAGUAUUAAAUUCAGCUUUUAUGCAUACAACUGAUACAAGCAUUACAUACUGCUGAACUUCCUACGUGUUUUAAUGAAAAAUAUUUUCUCAUUGUGUUGUUUAAAUUUGUACUAAUGUACUUUUUGAUAAAAUUAUAAAAUUGAAGAUCAGAUGUUAGUAAAAGCCUUGUGCAUAUAUUUUGAAACACUGUAGAUAAUGUGAAAUAUAUUACUGCAUAUUGUAUUUUAUAAAUAUGAAAUGUUUUACAAUUUUUUAUAGCAGUCAUUGAGGAAAUAUUAGUUUUGUGAAAUACAUUCUGAAGUGUAUAAAACUCUUUGUUGGUUUAGUUUUCAAGCAAAUAAAAAUAAAUGUGAAAAACCUU